AUGGUCUUAGCAACACCACAACACGACUCCACCUCUAGCUCUACCUCAUCACCAAAGAGGCUAACCCUUGGUUUCCUUAUGUCCAUAUCAUCUCUCAGGUCUCUUUGUGCAAAGCAUGCAAGCCGUGUCUCAAGCAAGCUCAAAACAGCUAACAAGUCAACCUACAAGAACAACAUCAGCAUCAACAAGAGCCCAAGACACUCUCCACUUGCCAGGCCAAAGCAGCUCUUGACACAAAUAAGCAACAAGGCAAUCACGUUGGUGCACCAUAAGAGAAGGGUUGACCAUGGAAGCGAUGACGUUCUUUUGGGGCCUGAGGAGUUCGGUGAUGGUGGUGUCUGGCAAAAAGCUAUCAUGAUGGGUGAUAAGUGUGAGCCGUUGAAUUUCUCGGGUGUAAUUUACUAUGAUAGUUGUGGGAAGCAGCUUAACGAGGUUCCUCUAAAGUCCCCACGCGCCAGUCCGUUGCCUGGGUACUUGACUCGUGCGACAUAA